UAUGACUUUUGUUUAUAUUCAUAUUCAGAUUAAAGGUAUGAAAAGAAAACACGAAGGCGAAUGGAAAUGUAAAUUUGUUGAUAGAAAAACAAUGAGAAUAUGGACAACUCAAUGGGAGAAUAUAAAAUUGGUACCCAAACCGUUUUUCCAAAAGACUAUCUAUAACGGAGCUAUUCUUAUUCCCAUAAUUAUUACAUCAUUCUUCCUAAUUUGCGUUGGCUUUGCUCAUUACAUGAAAAUUAGGCAAAAAUCUUUCGAGACACAUAUACAAUUAAUCGAAAAAGGGAAAAUGAUUUGGGUUAAGAGAUUUGCAAUGGAAUUGAAAGUGAAUCCCUAUCUUAUGGUAAGUGAUAGAGAAUAG